CUCCAGUCUUGGGCGAGUUGGUGAAGGAUGGUGCUCAGAGAGAAGGGGCAACUUAUUGUGAACAAGGAGAUAGAAUCGGGAGGUCACAGAUACAAGGCGCUUUGGAAACAGACUCGCAACCCAAUGGGGAAUUAUAGCCUGCUGCUUGUGGGGCUAGUAACCCUCCUGCUCCAGGCUUGGAGCGGUGAGGCUUCGACGCAAUGUAAAGGGUUCGACCCAAAGAGCUACACUUUCGGCGUGCCCUCGUUGGUGAUGGGACGCGUUCUGGGCAGAGUUCACUUUGACUGCAGUGGACAGAAAAAUGUGACUUUUGAAAUUAAUGAUCCACGCUUCAAAAUAUACAACGAUGGAACAGUGUCUGUUCAAAAGCUGAUGUCCCCAGAAAGCCAUGCAAAUUUACUUGUUACUGCACGUAGUGAGGAUGAGGAAUGGGAUGCUACUGUUACAGUUCUCAUAAAUAGAAAAAAGCAGAAAAUCUCUGCUGAUAAUUCUGGGAAAGUCCUGAUUAUGCGGUCUCAACGUUCAUCAGGUGCAUCCCUGAGAAGGAAGAAGCGAGAAUGGAUAAUUCCUACUAUCAAUUUUCCAGAAAAUGAGAGAGGAGACUACCCAAAAUUUGUGAUACAGAUAAAGUCCAGUCGGCAAAAAGAAAUCGCUCUACGGUAUUUUAUCAAAGGACCUGGUGCUGAUGAGCCACCUCGGGGCUUGUUUACUAUAAAGAGUGAUGAUGGUUCAAUUAGUGUGCAUUCACCUCUAGACAGAGAGCAAAAAGAUUCAUACAAACUGACAGCUAUUGCAAAAGAUUUGCAAGGAGUAAUUGUUGAACAACCUGUAGACAUAAAGAUCAAGGUAAUUGACCAGAAUGAUAACAGGCCCGAAUUUACUACUUCAACAUUCUAUGGAUAUAUCGCAGAAGGAGCGACACCAGGUACCUCCUUCAUGAAUGUAACAGCUACAGACAAAGACCAACCAGAUACUGCGAAUGGAAUAAUUAGGUACUCUAUUGUGUCUCAAACACCGGAGUUGCCCAGCUCGCAAAUGUUUACAAUUAGUUCAGAAACAGGAUUAAUAUCUGUGCAAAGUAGUGGACUUGACAGAGAGUUGGUGAAUAAAUAUACACUUAUAAUUCGAGCAGCUGAUCUGGAAGGGGCCGGCAUGUUUACUGACGCUAACGCAAUAAUCACUGUUACGGACACAAAUGAUAAUGCUCCACAAUUUGAGACUAAAGAGGUUGUUGUAGAUGUUCGUGAAAAUGAAAAUGACUAUGACGUAACAACUCUCUCAAUAACUGACAAAGAUGAGUAUAAUUCACUUGGCUGGAAAGCAAACUACAGCAUCGUUUUUGGAAAUGAGAGACAGCAGUUUGCGAUGGAGACUGAUUUGCACAAUAAUGGAGUCCUUAAGUUAGUUAAGCCCUUGGAUUAUGAGAGGAGCAAAUUGCAUCGGGUAAUUGUUGAAGUGAAGAAUCAAAUACCUUUGACCUCAACCAUGCCACUUUCCUCUGCUACAGUCAUCAUCAAUGUACUAGAUGUAAAUGAAGCACCAAUAUUUGAUCCAGAAACUAAGAGAGACACAAAGCCUGAGAAUCUACCAAUAGGAAGUACAGUAACCUCGUGCUCCGCAAAGGAUCCUGACAAUGCUCAAGACCAAAUAGUUCGUUAUCGAAUGGGAAGUGACCCAGCAAAAUGGUUUGAAAUUGAGUCAGAUACUGGUAUCAUUAAACUAGUUAAUGAAAUGGACAGAGAGUCUCCGUUUGUUGAGGACAGCAAAUAUACUGCAACAAUACUUGCUUAUGAUAAUGGUUCUCCAUCUGCUACUGGUACUGGGACCCUCAUUCUGCAGCUUGAAGAUGUCAAUGACAAUCCCCCAAUUGCUAUUGCGUCUACAACCCUUGUGUGCAACCAUAAUCCACUUCCUGUCAAUGUAACCAUUAUGGACAAAGACAUCCCACCCAACACUUUUCCUUACGUUGUGCAGCUAACUCAUGGAGCUGAGAGUAACUGGACAAUCAAACACAUGGAAAAUGCUGAAGUGGUAAUGUUACUACUGCAGAAAACUGUAGAGCCUGGCCGAUAUGAAGUCCCUUUAAAAAUAACAGACAGUGGAAGGCCACCGCUGUCUCAACUCACAGGACUGUCGAUAGAAGUUUGUGACUGUCAUGAAAAUGGAGGAUGUAAAGAGAGGAUAGCUGGAGCUGCAUUUGGAAUCUCUGGCAUUUUGGCUAUUCUGGGUGCCAUUUUAGCAUUGCUGCUCUUGGUGCUGCUGCUUCUGCUAUUUGUGAAAAAGAGGCGGAAUGUCAAAAAGGAGCCUCUACUGCCUGAAGAGGAUGUUCGGGACAACAUUUACUAUUACGAUGAAGAAGGUGGUGGCGAAGAAGACCAAGAUUAUGAUCUCAGUCAACUGCACAGAGGUCUAGAUGCAAGGCCAGAAGUUGUUCGUAAUGAUGUGGCCCCCUUACUCUUGGCACCACAGUAUCGGCCACGCCCAGCAAACCCAGAUGAGAUUGGCAACUUCAUUGAUGAGAAUUUGAAGACCGCAGAUAAUGAUCCAACUGCUCCUCCUUAUGACUCUCUCUUGGUGUUUGAUUAUGAAGGUGGUGGAUCUGAAGCAGAAUCUUUGAGCUCCGUGAACUCAUCCACCAACUCUGAUUUAGAUCAGGAUUAUGACCACUUGAACGAUUGGGGACCACGCUUCAAAAAACUAGCUGAGAUGUAUGGCGGUGGGGAAGAAUGAGCAGAUGGUGUUAAUCAGCCAUUUUAGAGACUACUUUUUUAAAUCACUGUAAAUGCUUAAAAGACAUGAGUGCAGCAGAUGCUAGAAAAUGGAUAUAUGGCAGGAUGGGGUCAAACUCUAAUUACAUUCCAACCAAUCUUGCAUCAGUGUUUGAAAGCUGGUUACUAAAUUGUCAUUAAAAUUUAGGUGAAUAACAAAUUUGUCUAAGCUGACCAGCACGGAUUAUCCCUGAAGAGCUUUAUUUCCAAUAGUCCAUAACUCGUGCAGUUGGAUUUUCCCAAAGUUUAAAUGAGCCAAAGAUUAUUCAGUUUGAUGUCACCCCAGUAGAUUUGCUUCCUCCUCCAAUAUAUUACUACUGAACUAAUUGCAACAUUAUUUUAUUUUUUUGAGCAAAAUGCAUAAUGUGAAGAAUUUGGAAAUAUUGCAUUAAAUUUUAAGGUAGUGUUAUUUUAGUUAAAUGUAUAUUACUUGCAGUAGAUUUAAGAAAAUACUGUUUGGUUGGUUUCCUUCAUUUAUUACUAUCUGUUGUCAUGUGUGUACUCUUUUUAUUGUAAAGCAUUUUUCUAGCUACUAGCCAAAAUGCAGUGAGUUUCCAGCACAUGCGUUCUCAGGAAAUGUUCAUUUAUGAGCUUUUAAGAAAAGCAAAACUUUUAAGAAAAGGUAUUAUUUCCCCCAAAUUAUGCACUAACAUCUUGGGUUGAAUAAUUAAACGCAAAGGAAUAAAAUUAUUUUAUAUUAAGGUCUGAUGCAUGACUUUGUGACUGGCAGGUAGACUUUGAGUUGCUUGACUGAUUAAAAUGCAUGAUUUCAAUUCCAAGUAGAUAAUUUAACUAUUGUGUAAUUUUACACUGGAUGGAAACAAAUGCAAUGUAUACACAUUUGGGCAGCAAUGUUUUUGUGCUGCAUAAAUUGUUUUAGAUUCUAUUGCCUAAUAAUAAAUUUGUGUUGUACUCCCAGAAUGAUGACAAAAUAGAAAGGAGAUGUGAUAAAUUUGGAACAAAAUUUUGGGAUGUAAAAUUUUUAGAAUCUUUCAACUGAAAGAGACCUGAGCCAGAAAUUUGCACAAGAAUCUCCUGUGGUUGUGCAUUAUCCCUUUUUUUUUGCCCAUUUUCUCCAUUAUUUUGCCAACCCAUUUCCCACUUUGGUCAGGAAGAAUCUUGGUAGGAAAUGUAAAGUAAGUCUGUCAAAGUUUGAAGACAUGCAUCCAUUUACAUUCCAAUAGCAAUUUGAACAUGAAUUAACAUUAUUUCCCUUCUCUUACUGCACCCCACAUUUAUGGCCAGGUCAGUUUCAAAUUUGGGUCUGAAUUUUAAACCAACAAGCAACUGAGCGCUUUGUGGUCAAUACAUGUUAAGGUGUGUCAUCCUGGCAGACUGAACGAUUUGUUCUUCAUUCUUGGAACUCUGAGCAGAGUAUUCAUCUGAAACAAUUUAUUUUUCCUUACUAUGAAUUCUAUAAUUUUUGCUCAUUUCUGUUUUUUUAGUUCAAAGUAUAAUUUGUAUGAUAUUAAUUCUAAUAUAGAAAUUGAGUACAAUUUUAGGAACACUUGAAUUUGUUGUUUCUAUCUGUUCAGUUUAUACAUUAAGCAUGAUCUAGUUGUCAAAGGAAGAUAAUUUCUGACAAUCAACGACAGUGCCUUUUUAAUGUUCACAAUAGCCUGCCUAAUGUACUGAGCAAAUUUUGACAUCUGUUUUCCUAAGUGAUCUUUUUAAUUUGUUUUGCAUUGAAUAAAGUACUAGUGUGUGUUUUUUAAAUAAAUGUUUAUAACAGUU